AUGGCGCGAAAUGCCAUUUUCAUAUUCAUUUUUAUCACAAUUUUUGCACAACUAUUAGCUGGUGAGUUGGGCUAACUCUGAUUAGAAAAUUUGUUCUGGGAAGUUCAAUUGUUUUGAGAGCGUUAUCACGAAAACAAAUAGAAAUCAUAAACGCGUGAAAUGCUUUUCUGCCUCCUCUCGAUUAUUUACCCACACAAAAUCACCCGCCGAUUUUGGCUUCUUCCCCGAGUAAUCCCUUCCUCCCGCUUUUCAAAUUACAUAAGGACUGGGGAAGAAUUUUGCUAAAUAGGGAGAUUUGAGGGAACUUGAAUUUGGCGGGAAAAUUUUGAGGAACAGAUUUUGCUGAGCUUCUGAUUUGGAGCAUUUUUGGCGGGAAAAAAAUUAUAAAAUGAUUUUUGAUGAGCCCUGAAGUUAGGCUAUAUUUUUGGCCUUAAGAAAUCGGGUUCAAAAUUUUAUUGAGCUCUGAAGUUAGGCUAUAUUUUAGCUCAAAAAGUCUAGUUCAAAAUUUUAUUGAGCUCUGAAGUUAGGCUAUAUUUUGAGUGAAAAAAUUCUAGUUCAAAAUUUUGAUGAUCCCUAGAUUUUCAGCAAUUUUGAGCUCAAAAUUCUGGAAUUUCCAGAUUCCAAAAAAAUCCAGUUCAAAAUUCAUUCAGAGCUCUGAAGUUAGGCUAAAUUUUUUGGACCUAAAAAAUCGGGUUCAAAAUUUUUGAUAAUCCCUAGAUUUUGAGCAUGGUUUGAGCUCAAAACCCUGGAGUUUUCAGGUGCCGAAAAUUCUAGUUCAAAAUUUUAUUGAGCUCUGAAGUUAGGCUAUAUUUUUGGCCUUAAGAAAUCGGAUUCAAAAUUUUGAUGAUCCCUAGAUUUUCAGCAUUUUUGAGCUCAAAAAACUGGAGUUUUCAGAUCCCAAAAAAAUCCAGUUCAAAUUCAUUAUGAGCUCUGAAGUUAGGCUAAAUUUUUUGGACCUAAAAAAUCGGGUUCAAAAUUUUUGAUAAUCCCUAGAUUUUGAGCAUGGUUUGAGCUCAAAACCCUGGAGUUUUCAGGUGCCGAAAAUUCUAGUUCAAAAUUUUAUUGAGCUCUGAAGUUAGGCUAUAUUUUUGGCCUUAAGAAAUCGGAUUCAAAAUUUUGAUGAUCCCUAGAUUUUCAGCAUUUUUGAGCUCAAAAAACUGGAGUUUUCAGAUCCCAAAAAAUCCAGUUCAAAUUCAUUAUGAGCUCUGAAGUUAGGCUAAAUUUUUUGGACCUAAAAAAUCGGGUUCAAAAUUUUUGAUAAUCCCUAGAUUUUGAGCAUGGUUUGAGCUCAAAACCCUGGAGUUUUCAGGUGCCGAAAAUUCUAGUUCAAAAUUUUAUUGAGCUCUGAAGUUAGGCUAUAUUUUUGGCCUUAAGAAAUCGGAUUCAAAAUUUUGAUGAUCCCUAGAUUUUCAGCAUUUUUUGAGCUCAAAAAACUGGAGUUUUCAGAUCCCAAAAAAUCCAGUUCAAAUUCAUUAUGAGCUCUGAAGUUAGGCUAUAUUUUUUGAGCUCAAAAAUUCUAGUUCAAAAUUCCAAUGAGCUAUGAAGUUAGGCUAUAUUUUUUGAGCUUAAAAAAUCUCGUUCAAAAUUUCAUUGAGCGCUAAAUUUUGAGUAUAGUUUUGGCGCGAAAAAUCCAAAAUUUUUCCCGCCAAAAAGAGCAGGUGCAAGAAAAUGUAUUGUUACAAAGUUCCCAAGCACAUCUGUUUUUUUUUCGCGCCAAAAACGUUCUAAUUAGAAAAAAAAACAAAUUUCCGUUUUUCGCCUAAAACAAUGAAAGUAUCUGAUUACCCAAACUCGGAAAUUUGAUCUCAAAAAUGUUUUUUCUCAUUUCAGACGGAUCUUCUUCCGACGUAUUUGCCGUUGAGCCGCAAGAUGAGCCAUAUUAUGUGAGAGAAGGCCAAACUGGACCGGUUUUACCGUGUCAAUUGACUGCCACCUAUUCGGAUCGCGCUAAUUAUGAAGUCACUUGGGUUCGAUAUAGUCAUGGACAUAUUAGGUGAGAGAGUCAGACGGCUAGAGUCAAUCAAUAAUUUUAUUUUUUCUCUAGAACAAUCACAAAAAAUGACAAACUUCUCGAUAAGAAAAGUCAAAAAUAUGCACUAAUCAGCGAUCCGUUGACUGGAAAUUAUAGUCUGAAAAUUGAAGAUGUUCAGAAGGAUAUUGUUGAAGGAUCGUAUCAUUGUACCGUAAUCGCUAAUGAUGAUUCCGGAUUGCAGUUCUCAUCGAAAGUUGCCACUGUUGUUGUUUUGGGUGAGUUGGAGUACUGUAGAUUUGGAAAAAAUAUUACUGUAGUUAUAGGCAGAAAUCUUUUCCGGGAUUUUUGAAAUUCAGAAAAGUAUUCUAGACUUUCUAGAACUUAUGUAGAAAGUCUCCAAAAUUUUUCUAGAAUUACUAGAACUCUGGAAAAAUGUUUCGAAUCUUCUAGAAGUCUUCCUGAGCUUCUAGAAAAUCUAGAAAAAUCUUCUGAAACCUUUUGAAUUAUUUCAGACUCUCUUAAGUUUCAAAGAAAUCUUUAAACAUUUUUCCAAGGCUUCCAGAAGCCUCUGAACUUACCGGAACUUCUGAAAAUCUAGAAAAAUGUUCCAAGUCUUCCCGGGCUUCUGAAAAUCUAGAAAAAUCUUCUGAAACUUUUUGAAUUAUUUCAGAUUUUGGAGAAAGCUUUUAAAAAAUUUCCGAAGCUUUCAAAAGUCUUCAAAACUUUCUUGACUUACCAGAACUUUUGAAAAUCUAGAAAAAUGUUCCAAGUCUUCCCAAGCUUCUAGAAAAUUCAGAAAAAUCUCCUAGACUUUCAGAAGCUUUUAUGUAAUUUUAGAACAUUCUGAAAAUCAUCCCGGAAUUUCUAAAUUUUCAAAAAAUUUCAGAUAAUUUUCUAGACCUUCUAGAAAAUUUAGAAAGAUCUCCUGAACCUUCUAGAAUUUUCAGAAAGUUCAAAAGUCUUCAAAGCUUUCCACAGGCUUCUAGAUUCUUCAGAAGAAUCUCAUAGAUCUUCAGAAGUCUUCCCAAGCUUCUAGAAAAUUCAGAAAAACUUUCUAGACCUUCCAGAACUUCUGAAAAUCUAGAAAAAAUUUUCAAAGUCUUCCCGAGCUUCUAGAAAUUUCAGAAAAUCCUCCCAAGCCUUCAGAAUUUUCUCUAAAUCAAAAAAAUGGUUUCUCUUUUUCAAUUUUCCUUUCCGUUCCACCUUCAUUUCCUUCUCUUUUGUUGUUUGGUUUCCCGCCAAAAAUUGUCCAAAAUCUACACAUAAUUUCCUCCGAAAAAUCGUAAUCUGAUCUAAUCCCCCCUUCUUCAAGUUGCUUGGCAACAUUUUCCAAAAGGCUUCAGAAAAAAAUUUAUUUCGGAGGGAUUUUGAAAAUUUUUUAAAUUCAAGUUCAGAAAAAUCACAUCAAGAAAUUCCACCUUUGUCACAGGUCAAUGAGAAAAACAAACAACGUUGUUUGCUUACUGGGUGGUCUAAAACAUGCAGGAAUUUUUGGGACAAAAGUACUGUAGGGAGAUGUAUAAUUAAGGCAACAUAUCAAAUUGAGUCAUCAAUCAAUCAUUUUGAAUUGGUGUGUAAAAUUGGUGGGGAUUUUAGAAUGGGAGAGGAGAGAAUGUACAGUAAUUUUUGGAAAAAUAAAAAAAUUUUGAAAAAUUGGAACAUUUUGAAACCUCAUAAGCUUAUUUUUUGGCAUUGCUCAUAUUAGGCUUCAAAUGUUGAACACAUUAGAUUUGAAGAAUUUGGAGCAUUGCUCAUAUUAGCCUUAAAAUUUUGAACACCUUAGGUUUGUAGAUUUUUGGCAUUGCUCAUGUUAAUUUUCAAUUUUUUCCGGAAGAAAAUUUUAUUUUCAAAAAAAAAACUUGAAAACGAAGAUUAACAUGAGCAAUCCUGAAAUUUUCAAAAAUUGAAACCUAACAUGAGCAAUGCUAAAAAUUAUAUUGAAAUUGGCUUCUGACCAAUCCAAUAUUCUCAAAAUCAAAAUUGAAAUUAAAACUAAUAUGAGCAAUCUCAAAUUUUCUAAUAAACAUUUUAAGUUUGAAAAUUUAAUUGAAAUUUUUUUUUAGAAUUUUUGAAAUUGCUCAUGUUAAUUAAUGUGAUAAACAAAUUAAAAAUUACUAUAAGCAAUCCCUAAAUUAAAAAAAAUGAAACUUAACCUGAGCAAUGCUAAAAAUUAUAUUAAAAAUUAAAAUUAAUAUGAGCAAUGCGAAAUUUUCUAAAAAAAAAAAACAAACAUUUUGAGAAAAAUUGAAACAUAAUCUGAGCAAUGCCGAAAAUUCGAUAAAAAUAGGCUUAUGAGGUUUCAAAAUGUUCCAAAUUUCAAAAAUUUUCAAAAAAAACAUGAAACUUAACCUGAGCAAUGCUAAAAAUUAUAUUAAAAUAUGCUUAUGAGGUUUCAAAAUGUUCCAAAUUCCAAAAUCUUUCUGAAUUUUCAAAUCAAUUUUGAUUUUCAGUUCCACCCGGCGAUCCAAUCAUCAGCGAAACUGUCGACGAAUCGAUAAUCGAAGGCGAUACGGUUACCGUAAAAUGCAUGUCAAUUGGCGGUAGUCCCGAACCAACAUUCACGUAUGUGUUUUUUUUUUUGAUUGACACACCGUGUUGCGCAACUCUUUUCUUUUCCGGAGCCGCCCCGGACACACGGCAUUCUAUUUUAUUUUUUGAAAUUUGAUACCCCCUGUAUAUUGUAUGUGUAAAUAUUACAGGUGGACAUUGCCGAAUGGAACAUUUGCCGACGCAAAAAUCUUCAACACACUUAUGAAGGAUGGAGCCGCCGAGAGCGCUAUUCAGUAAGAAAUUUCCGGGGGACCACCCUGGGGAGAAGUUUGGACCACCUGGUUAUUCACAUAGCGUGACUGGGACCACCCAUACUUGAGUGACAAAAAACACCUGGUGUUUGUAGGUGUCAGAGUUUCCAAUUUCAUCUCAAGUACUUUGCGAGACCACCCAGGGUUUUUUUUUUGACCACCCAGGGAUGGACAGAAAAAAUUGGGACCAAAAUAGGAGCAUUUUGAAAGCUCAUAAGCUGGCAUUGCUCAUUUUAAGUUAAAUUUGAAGAUUUUUUAGCAUUGCUCAUGUUAGGUUUCAAAUUUUCAGAAUUUUCUGCAUUGCUCAUAUUAGCCUUCCAAUUGAAAAAAAUAUAAUAACAUGAGCAAUCCUAAAAUGUCUACAAAUUCAAACCUAACAUGAGCAAUCUUAAAAUUUUCAAAAAUUGAAACUUAACCUGAGCAAUGCUGAAAAUUACUUUGAAAUAGGCUUUAGACCAAUGCAAUAAUUUCAAAAUCAAAUUUAAACCUAACAUGAGCAAUCCUAAAAUUUAAAAAAAAAAACAAAAAUUUCGAGAAAAAUUGAAACCUAACAUGAGCAAUCCGAAAAUUUUCAAAAAUUGCAACAUAACCUGAGCAAUGCAAAAAAUUGAACAUUGAAAUAGGCUUCUCACCAAAUUCGAAAAAAAGACCACCCACGAAGUUUACACAACAAAAAAUGCUGUGGAAAAUCCGGUGGGGUAAAAAAACCUUUUUAGAAAAUCUUAGACCACCCACGAAGUUAAUGAGUGAAAUACUAUUGAUCAGAAGACCACCCAAGAAGUUAAUGUGACUGAUCUUAAAAACAAGAUAAUUGUUCUGGGACCACCCACGAAGAAAUCCCUAGGAAUCACCCAAGAAGUUAAUGUAACCAAUAAAAAAGACCACCCAGAUAAAUCUUCAGGACCACCCAAGAAGCUUUUCAAUAUGUUUUUUUUUCCAGCUACCGUGUCUCAGCCGCCGACAAUGGUCUCUCUCUAACCUGCGCCGUCCACAACAAGGCAAUGAAUCCAGAAGACGAUUCAAAAUCAGUCAUCAGUCCCCGUCUCAACGUCCUAUUCAAGCCGCGAGUUCACGUAUCUCCAGCCGAAAACGUCACCCAUCUUUCAGUCGAAGCUGGUGAAAUGGUGAAUCUCACUUGUCAAGCUGACGCCAAUCCACCAGCUCAUAGUUAUGAAUGGAAACAUUUGUCGUCGGGAGAGAGAUAUCAGGCACAAGUGUGGCCGAUUCGUGCCGAUAAAGCGAUGAGCGGCGAUUUCGAAUGUCGAGCCACAAAUCAAUUGGGAGAUGGAAGUGAUGUGCUCAAACUCAACGUUCAAUAUGCUCCACAAAUCUCCGUGCCAAUUUCAGUGAGUCCAAAUGAGAAGGAGAAGGUGGAAAUUGAAUGUUUGGUCGACGCGAAUCCGCCAAUCACUGAAGUGAAAUGGAUCGGACCCAAUGGAUUUAAAACAGAUGGCUCGACACUAAUCCUUAAAUCUAUUACCAGGUGAGUAUAAUUAGGGGGUUUUGGUGGAAGAGGGUUGGAUUUUUCUUUUUUUUUUGGGGGGAAAAUUGAGGGUUUUUAGAGAAUAGAGGGCUUCAUUGAUUUUCCGGAAAUUUUUUCAAAUUUUACGAUUUUUAGAUCUCAAAUAGUUACUAAAUUACCUGUGAAUAGAAAAAUUGAGGCUGAAAAUCGAAAUUUCAGAAAAUUUUUGAAAUUUCAGAAAAUUUUUAAAAUUUUCCGAAUUUUCCGGUUCAAAUAAUCUUGAAAUUUUCCGACUUUCCGUUUUCCGGGUUUUGAUUUUCCUGGUUUUUAGACGGAAAAUACAGGGCUUUAGAGAGACUACAGGGCUUCAAGAAUGAUAAAGGGCUUUAAGGAUCAUAGAGGGCUUCUGAAGAAUACAGGGUUUUAGAGACACUAAAGGGCUCUUGGACUAAUCGAGGGCUUUAGGGAUGAUAAAGGGCUUUAGGGACAAUUAGAGGGCUUAAGGGAUGAUAAAGGGCUUCGGGGAAAAUACAAGGCUUUAGAGACACUACAGGGCUUUAAGGAUGAUAGAAGGCUUUAGAGACACUACAGGGCUUUAAAGACACUACAGGGCUUUAGAGACACUAAAGGGCUUUAGGGGUAAUAAUAAAAAAGCUUCUAAAGAAUACAGGGCUUUAGAGACACUAAAGGGCUUUAGAGGUAAUAAUAAAAGGCUUCUAAAAAAUACAGGGCUUUAGGGAUGAUAUAGAGCUUUAAAGAUGGUAGAGGGCUUUAGAGAAAAUUCAUUUUCAGAAGGUUUUUAAGAAAGAAAAAAUUUUAAAUCUAUAUUUUUCAAAUCUUGAACUUCAUCACAUAAAAUUUAAUUUUUAGGCUCAUUUUUUCUUUCUGGAAGCCCUCUCUUGUAGUCUCUAAAGCCCUCUAGUUUCUGAAAAACCCUCUGACUUCUUUGAAGCCCUGUAGUUACUCAAAAAACCUUACCUAUCUUCAAAGCCCUCUCUUCUUUCAAAAAAUCCUAUAUUUUUUCUGAAGCCCUAUUGUCUCUCUGAAACCCUAUAUUUUCUCCUAAACCCUCUACUUUCUGAAAAACCCUCUAGUUUCUCUAAAACCCUCUUCUCUCAUCUACACCCUAAUUACCUAUACCAAAAAUGUAUAAUUUUCUCCCCCCUUAAUCUGAGCAAUAAUCUACAUGUUAAAUGAACCGAUUACAGAGAGCAGACGGGAAAUUAUACAUGUAUCGCCACCAACUUUUUGAAUGUUUAUGGAUAUUCGGGAUCUCAACAACGCGUCGGAACCGGGAUCAGUUUUGUGGAUGUGAAACGGAAACCGGGACAAGCUGAAAUUGAAGCGGUUAAGAUGGAAGUUAAUGUUGGAGAUAUUAUUGAGUUGAAGUGUAAUUCACCAGAUCCUGGAAAUCCGAGAGCUGCUUAUAAGGUUUGUUAGAGAGCCUAGAGAGCUAGAGAGCUGGAGAGGCUAGAGAGCCUAGAGAGUUAGAGAGCACAAAACCUUGCUCUAAAAAUUGAAAAAUCUAGAUGUUCUGAAUCCGGACAUUUUUAUAGCACAUCUUGAAUUUUCAGGCUUCCCAAAUUCUGAAAAUUCUAGUUUUUUGGUUCUAGAUUUUGAGCUCCAGAAAGUUUCAGUUUUGCUCAAAAAUCUGGAACUGGAGCUAAGGAUUCUGGAAUUUCAGAUUUUAUAGCACAUCUUGAACUUUUAAGCUUCUCAAAUUUUGAAAAUUCUAGUAAUUUUGGUUCUAGAUUUUCGAAAUCUUCAACUAAAAAAUGUUAAGUUUUUUUGAAAUUUCAGAUUUUUAAAGCCAAGGAAUUUUUUUUGGAAUUUUUUUUCUAGAUCUGAAAAAAAUUGGAUUAAAAAUUUCUUUAAAAAUUCAAGAAAUGAGCAUUUUCUCGUGAAAUUAUUUUUUCAAAUGAACAUUUUUCAGUUUUGAGAAAUUUCAGAACCUUUUCCAAAAAUUUCUGUUUUUUUUUCUGAAAAAAAAUUCAAAUCUUAAAAAAAACCUGUCAAAUAGAAAAAUUCUGGCAAAAAAAACUAAAAAAAUCUUUUUUUUUACAAAAAAAUUCGACGUUUUUUUUUCAAUCUGAAUAAAAUUGAUUUUCUGUUCAGAAAUCAAAAAAAAAAAUCAAAUUUCUUUAGCUUUUCAGAAUCUCCUCCCUCCUCCCCAAUCCAAAAAUCAAUAUUUUUUUCCAGUGGGCUUCUCCAUCAUCGGGCGGUGAAUACGGUUCAAACGAGCACGAUCGCGAAACCCUUCUCGUCAGAAACGCUCAACUCUCCGACAACGGCGAAUACCGCUGCCUCCCCUACAACGAACUCGGCGCCGGCAAAGAAGCCACCAUCAAAAUCACCGUCGUCGAACCGGCCCGAAUCUCAAGUCCACUGACAACUGAACGAGUCUUCACAGCCGGUGAAUCCAAGAAAACUCUUGAAUGUGAAGCUCGUGGCUACCCGGUCCCCAAGAUCAUCUGGUAUAAAGAUGGAAAACCGAUUAGCUCUUCAGAAAGAUAUGAAGUUACAACAACUCAAGGAGCCUCAAGAUGCGCGGAAGAUGAUUUUUGCACGCAGAAUGUUGCCAGCUCGCUGACAAUGUUGAGCGCCUUGAAGUGGAGUGAUAAGGGAAAUUAUACCUGUAUCGCUGAUAAUGGAGAAGAAGAUGGGACCUGGACAAUUAUCAGGGUCCUUCAUGCGCCAGUAAUUCUGAAUCAGAAGUUCCCUACAAAAUCGCUGGCCGCCGCGGAUCUUGGAUCGCAGGCUAAGCUAAGCUGCGUGGUUUCAGCACGUCCGGAGCCGGAAUUCCACUGGGUAUUCAGGGACACUGAUAUUCAGGAGAAUGAAAAAUAUUCGUUGCAUAUGCUGCCAGUUCGUGGAAAACCUGAUGAAUAUGAGCAGAUUUUGCAGAUUGAAAAUGUGCAGGCGGAUGAUUAUGCGGAUUAUAUUUGCCGCGCGUCAAAUGGCAAUGGUGGCGAUAAUAUUAUGAUUGAAUUACGGCACACUGGACUUCCGGAUGUUCCGGAAGACUUGCAGAAGGUUUCCGCGACUCCGCAUUCAUUGGUUUUGCAAUGGACACCGAAGUUCGGAGGAGGGUACCGGCAAAUGUUCUCGAUUGAAUAUCGUAGACUCAACCCGUUCACCGGUGCCAUUGAUGAUUCGCUCGCUGAAGUUGUUGAGAUCAGAAAUGCCACUAAGAUCGAGGAUUCGAAGGAUGAUGGAAGUAUCGCUGUGUCUAUCAAUUAUAACCUUACUGGCCUCAUUCCCUUGUCCACUUAUUACAUCAGAAUCCGAAGUGUUAAUGAGAAAGGAGCUUCGGAGUAUACGCCGAUGAUUGUGGCUUCGACGAAUGAUGUUCAGCAGGAUGUUUCGAUGAUGUCGCCGGCGAAAUUGAAGUGGAAUUCGGAGAAACAGAUUAUUGAUAUUGAGGUGAGAGAUUGGAAGAGGGUUAGAGAUGGUAGAGAGCUAGAGAGCUAGAGAGCUUGAGAGCCUAGAGAGCCUAGAGAGCUAGAUAGCUAGAUAGCUAGAUAGCUAGAGAGCUAGAGAGCUAGAUAGCUAGAGAGCUAGAGAGCUAGAUAGCUAGAGAGCUAGAGAGCUAGAUAGCUAGAGAGCUAGAGAGCUAGAGAGCUAGAUAGCUAGAGAGCUGGAAGCAUCUGAAUGGUUCCUGAACUUUAUUACUGAAAAUCUGAAAUUUUAUCGAUUUUUUCUAGAAGCCUGAUAUUUUCGAUCCAAAAUUUGUACGGUUUCCAGGCUUCUGAACUUUGAAUCACAAGAUCUCAAGAUUCUGAGUUAAAAAUUUGAUCGAAUUUUUUUCUGAAAAAGUUCAGGAUUCUGGUGCUCCAGACAAUUUUGAGCUAGAAUUUUCAGAUUUUGUGAUUCUCUGGAGAUUCUUGAAACCUGGGAAGUUCAAACUUCAAAGUGAAAUCAGAACUUCUAGAUCUUAGAAAAUCUAGAUCUUAUUCUGAAACCUGAAAUCUGGAAAUUCCAAAAAUCACAACUUCAAAAAUCCUAAAAAAAAUUGAGAUCUUGUGUUGAAGUUCUAGAGAGUCUUGAAAUUUCAAGAUCCAGAAGGCUCGUGAAAUCAGAUAUUUCGAAGUUCUAGAGUCUUGAAGAUUUCUGAAGCUCAGAAGCUCGGUAAUCCAAAAUUUUUGAACUUUUGAACAUCUCUAGAUUUUGUUUUGAAAUAUACAAAUCCCGAAGAUCAGGCACAGCUUCAGAAAUCCUGAGAACUUGUUCUGAAGUCUGAACUUCAGAAAAUCAACAAAAAAUUCCUUCAAAUUUCUAGAAAUUAAUUUUCAAAAACCUGAAAAUCAAUAAAAUUUCAAAAAAUCUCUGAAAUUCCAGCCAAAACCACCAGUCGACGCGUGCACCUUGUUAUACGUUCUCAUUGAAAAUGUGUGGCGAGCCAGCGAUUGUUAUUCAUCAGCCUCUCCAAUUCCAAAUAUCGUGUCUGGAAAUCAAUACAAGGCUAGAUUCUGUAUGGCUCAUUCGACUUUCCAAUGUAGUCCAACUUCUCCGGUUAUUGGUGAGUUUAGGGGGCUUUAGGGGGCUUUGGGGGGCUUUGGGGAGGCUUUGGGGGGCUCCAGGAACCUCUAGAGGCCCAAAAAUCUUCAGAAAAAUCUCUGAAAAUGCUAUUUUUGGCGCCAAAUCCAUUAAAAACCCAUCAACCUAAUUACUUUCAGUUUGUUUUUUUUUAUGAAAAGGACCACCCAAGUAGAAAAAUUACUCUUCCAGAAAAUUUUUCCUAUUUUUUCCCAGUUUACCUUUUUCCUUGAGAAACAGUUGUUGCAAGUCGAUGAAAAUUAAUUUGUUUAUUUUUCUUCAAUAAAAAAAAUUGCUGAUUUUCAGGAACCGGCUCAUCAAUUUCCUGGAAAGCUACCACAAUUGUGCCAAUUAUGUUUAUUAUUUUCAUCAUUUUGUCGAUUUGCGUAUUUUUCAUUGUUUGUUGUCGAACUCGAGCACCGUCGAAAACAACGCUCAAAAUGACGUGAGUUUUUAUUGAUUUUUUUGGGGGGAAUUUGGAACAUCAGAAGCGCUGAGAUUCUGGAAAUCUGGAUUUCUGAAGUUUUGAAGUUCUAGAAUCUUGAAGCUUUAAGAUACUUAAGCUCUGAGAUUCUGAAGUUCUGAAGAUUUCAGAUUCUAAAGCUUCAAAUUUCUAGACUUCUGGAGUUCUAAAGAUCUUGAGUAAUUCAAUUUUGAAAACAAAUAUUCUGAAACUCCAGAAUUCAGGAUUUUUGAAGUCCUGACGCCGUAAAGUUCUAGGUUUUUGAAAGUCUGAAAUCUGGAGAAUCAGAAGCUCAGAAGCUUUGAGGCUCGUGAAUUCUGAGGCUCUGAAUCUCUAGAAUCUUGAAACUUUAGGAUUCUGAAGUUCAGAAGAACUUUAAGAUUCUGAAGUUCAGAAGAGCGUUGAGAUUCUGAAGCUUCGAAUUUUUAGGUUUCUGAGCUUUGAAGAAUUUUUGAAGAUCUGAAAAUCUGAAAUAUUUUUCAGAAGCUAUAAGGCUCGAGAACUCUGAAGCUCCGAAGUUCUAGAAUCUUGAAGCUUCAAGAUUCUAAAGUUCAGAAAAGCUUUAAGAUCGGAAGUUUAGAAGAGCUUUAAAAUUCUGAACUUCAGAAGAGCUUUAGGAUUCUUAAGUUCAGAAAAGCUCUAAGAAUCUGAAGUUCAGAAAAGCUUUAAGAUUCUGAAGUUCAGAAGAGCUUCAAAAUUCUGAAAUUCAGAUGAGCUUUAAAAUUCUGAAGUUCAAAAGAGCUUCAGGAUUCUGAAGUUCUGAAGAACUUUUAAGAUUCUGAAGCUUCGAAUUUCUAGGUUUCUGAGCUCUGAAGCUCUGAAUUUUCUAAAGAUCUGAAAAUCUGAAACAUUUUUCAGAAGCUACAAGGCUUGUGAUCUCGGAUGCUCUGAAGUUCUAGAAUCUUGAAGCUUUAAGAUUCUGAAGUUCAGAACAGCUUCAAGAUUCUGAAGUUCAGAAGAGCUUUAAGAUUCUGAAGUUCAGAAUAGCUUCAGGAUUCUGAAGCUUUGAAAAUCCGAGUUUCUGAACUCUCAAGCGCUAAAUUUUUUAAGGAUCUGAAAAUCUGGAAUAUUUUUUAGAAGCUAUUUUAAGCUCGAGAACUCUGAAACCCUGAAGUUCUAGAAUCUUGAAGCUUCAAAACCCAGAAUUUUCAAAAUCCUGAACAUCUGUAGAUCAUCUGAAAUUCCAAAACCAGAUUUUUCCAGACCUGUAACAUUAUCAGCUCUUCCAACCGCUGAAACCAAAAAUGCGAUAGUUCACGGAAGUCAAGCUGAUUCCGGAGUCUUCACAUUGGAUUCGACACGAAUGAAGCAGCAAAAAACAUAUUCUAGGUGAGUUGGACCACCCACGAAGCUCAUAAAAAAUCAAUAUUUUUUUUUUCUUCCAGUAACGAAACCGCUGGCGGUGAAACUUGGCCAGCCGAUGAUUCACACUAUGACAUUUCCAAUGAUCCAUAUUUGACGGAGCCAAAUGGAAAUCAAAUUUUCCCCCCGACGCCUGCAAUUUCAGAUCAACAACAAAAAACUGAAAAUAGUAGCCCAAAUGUGACCGGUUCGGAUGAAGAAGACGGUCGACGUGUGAUGCGUGAAAUUAUUGUGUAA